UGAGCUUGGUUCUAGCUGGGCGAUCGUCAUCUUAGAACAGAGAGGGCGGGAUGAUACAAGAGCAACGCUUUGUGGGAGAUGUGAAAUGUGAUUUUCUUUUGUUACCGCAAAUGGUUUUGAGGAAAAUGUGGCUUGUGGCGUCAUUAUGUCAUCAUUAUUAUUUUAAAAUAAUUAUGUGUCAUGCAUAUUUUUGUGCUCUGGUAUCACUGGGUAGUGAUCAGAUGAUAAAAUGGGUGACUUACUUUACCCGUAAGAACAACUGCAGAUGCUGACCGUAGCAGUGUCUUUAUCACCUUCUUAUUUUUACCUCCUUCAAAUCAUAAACAAUACCAGUCAUCUUUCAAAGGACUGUCUUGCUAAAGCGAAUAGCAUUUUCUACUUUCAGACAACUGUUCCAUCUGUUUCCAUUUCACACAGUAUAGCUAACAGGAUUUGAAACGUCCUUACUUAACAGCAAAUACGUCUCUCACUGUGAAACUUUCUGCGUGUACUGUUUUCAGUUCAGCAUAUCAGACUGAUGGGAAAAAUCUGUACCAUGCAAUACCAAUACAAGUAUGUGGCUUCAGCAAGAAAAGAAUGUUCAUAUCUACUUGAAACAAGUUUAAAGUCUUAUCAUAUCCAAACCCUAACCAUUGUGCUUCUUGCACGGCAAUUUGCAAUUACUCUGCAGCAGCGUACAGUAUACAAGAUGAGUAAACCUGAAAGUAGGCCAAAUAGAGAACACAAAAAAACAAUAACAAAAAAAGGUUCUGCUUCCGCUGGUCACGUUUUUAUACUGUAGCAACCAACCCGGUAUGACACCAAAUUCCCUCAGAGUUGCACGAUGAAAGCAUUGUACUAUAACAAACAAAGCAUAACAGUUGAUAACCGAGCUUCUUACUGUUGCACUUGAGUAGCAGCAAAAUGUCGAAUGUGGGAGGGGGAACUUUAUUGUGAAAUGUCAACGUGUCACACAGGAUCACACUAGUCAGGCAAUUGUCAGAGUACAAUAUAAGUUGAAUGCAUUAAGCAUUAAGCUUUGUGCCCUUGUUUGACUUCAUUCCCACGGGGAGAUCAAAGAGUAAAGUGGAGGUGAUGUUGGCUUCAAUGCGAGCAGUAAGGUGACCGAACUUAACCUGGGGCCUUUGGAGUCCUUUUUCUGCAGCCUUUGUGCCGUUCAAAGUAAUUUAUCAAUGAUGAAAUGAGAUGUUGAAUUAGCCAUGUAGGGGCUUUGUCUAAUUAGAUUCCACUAGUGGGACCAGGUCAUUUGAAUAAAAGGUUUACAAUAUUGUGCAAUGUUUUACAGUGAAUCAGAUCACCAAACGUUGGCUGUUAUAAAGAAAUGCUUGAGGGAAAGUCUGCAUGAUUACUCACACCAACUGGCUGCGAGUUUCCUGUUAAAAGGGGUUAUUAAUGCAACCAGGUAAUUCAUUCAAAUCCCCUGGUAAAGACUUCGAAACUUCGAAUGGGCUGUGGAAACUUUUUACAGUCGGCGGCUUUCUAAAAUGAUCAGCGCACCCGCUGUUACCUUUAUCCUCCACAGUCUACGGUUUGCUAUAAAGAGGCGAUGAAGGAGAUUCUUGUAGUGCUGCUUCUGCUGCAUGUUCAGACUCUUAAGGUCUGCUCUCAGCCUUACCAGGCGGACUCAGAUGGAAACUGUCUCAACUCAACGACAGAGUACCUGUUGGACGAUACAAACCUGUGCUGCAAGAAAUGCCCCCCUGGACACCGGCAGAGUGAAAAAUGCUCCGAAACUACUGAGACUGUGUGUGAACGAUGCCAACCACGCCUGUUCAUAGAGAGCUGGAACUACUCUCCGAACUGCUUCUCCUGUACCCAAUGCAAAGAGAAGAAAGGGCUGAAGGAAGCCCAGGUCUGCUCCCCUACUGAAAAUUCAAGGUGUGUGUGCCAACCUGGCAUGUUUUGCAGCAUGGGAUUUGAUGACCCGUUCUGCACAGCAUGUAGCAAGUACAGGUCGUGCAGGCCCGGUUUUGGAGUGUCCAUUCAAGGGACAGCCGACAGAGAUGUGAGGUGCACACGGUGCCCCAGCGGGACGUUCUCUGACACACUCUCCUCCACGACGCGCUGUCUGUCACACGCCGACUGUAACGGACGGGUUGUCGCCAAGAAAGGCAACGCCACCUCGGACAACGUGUGUGAACCGCGGGCUUUUGCACACACCGCGCGGCCUCCGACGUUAACGCGAAGGCCUAUGGAUGCGCUUGGGUUCGUUGCCACGAGAACCGUCUCAGCAACCUCAGACUCCGAGGCUGCACGUGGACAGACAGAGGCCUCACUGUCUAUUAGCACAUCGUAUUCAAGGCCAGAAAUAAGCCCUCGGCCACCAGACCCGCCACCAGACCAAAAUACCGCCACCGGCAAAAUACUGGCUGCAGUCAUUGCCGGUGUGAUUGGGUUAUUACUGUUCUGCAUCUCUAUCGUCCUGGUGUUCUUUUGUAAACCAGUCCGGAAGAAAGACGACGCAGCAAGAUUUCAUCCUAAGGUAGAUGGAAAUGGAAGUUGUCACAGAGUUGAUAAUCUCGAUCAGGACUAUUUGGGGGAAACCUAUCUGAAUUAUAUCAAAGUACCCACACCAGAACAUCAGUGUCUGCUGCAGAGAGGGGAAACCUGCAGUGACCACAGUCAGUGCAGUAACAACACUGACACUUUGACGCAAACAGACGGCUCCAGCAGCCAGGAGUCCGUCGGGCCUUUGCAAUCCACAGUAGCUCUCCACAGUCCACUCUCCGUCCCGUCGGAUCCCAUGACGUUACUUUCCCAUACGGAAGCUGCCACUCCGCAGCCAAACGUCCCCACGCAGUCCACCUCCCAGCCCACCAGCCCCCAGGUCAUCAGCCCUGUGACCGCCAACCCCCACGUCAACGUCAACAUCACUUUCCACAUUGAAAAUAGGUCCUGUGGGACACCGUCUGUGACGCCCACGGACUUGAUGCAAGUUGACCCCAAACUCCCCUUUGGAGAGGAGGAGGAGUCAUUUAGCAUCCCACAUCAAGAAGCCGGCAAACAAUCACUGAUGUCAGUGCAGGAGAGUGACAGUUACAGAGCAUGAAGAGUCACAUGCAUGAAAGACUGAUACAUCCAUCUGUUUAUUUCUUUUUGUCAUGAAAGAACAAAAUAAGCUAACUUGACCAGCUUAAACCAUAAUUCUGUUUCCAUAUCAAAUCCAUCAACCAUCAUUCUGUGUUUAUAUGUGUAUAUAAAGUAAAGAUGUACAUUUUUGUGAUGUUGUGGAAAUAGAAGUUGUAGUCAUUUUAAAUAUAUGUAUGUAUAUAUACACAUAUGUAUAUAUGUAUGUAUAUAUACAUACAUGUAUAUAUAUAUAUACAUACGUGUAUAUAUAUGUAAUAACAGGUCCUGCAGUCAUAAAAGAAAAGGCUGUCUAUUUUACAUUAUAAUUGUAUGAGAAUGCUAUACUGGUGCAUCACUGUAAGCAAUAUUGACUCAGGUAUACUUGUGAACCAAAUAUAGUAUUAAGCAAAAUAACUAUAUCUUUACAAAGCUGUCGUAGAGUUGAUGACGAUGUACAAUAUUGUGAUUUUGAGAUGUUAUGGCGUCUUUGUAAAAAGUAGCAUAUUAAAAUACUCGAGUAAUAUACAAAUGUGUACACAUUUCAA